GUGGGCAAAAUCCUUCUUUAUUUCUUUUGUAAAAAAAUGGACAAAACUAUUUUUUGUGAUGAAAAAAAAAGUUUUGCCUACUCCUCGGGGAAGGAUAAACAAGCCAUUUGGAAAGGAAGCGUUCGGAGGAAGAAGAGAAACCUGACUAUCGGAAACAAUAAAUAUGAGCAGAAAAUUUUCUGUGCAUAGGAGAAAGCGAAGCUAAGUGAAGAUCAAUCAACAUUGGCUUGCUUUUCUCCUAGUUAAAUUUACAUUUUAUUGGAAGUGGGGUGAAGAGGGUAUUUGACUGUUGGAAUGGGAAAGGUUAGAUGGGAUAUAAAAGGAAUUACUAUUUGAUUGAAUAAAAUUCUUUUUAAAAAAAUUGGAUUUGGACAAGGGAGGCUAAAGGGGACGAGGGAAGUGUAGGUGGAGGGAAGAGUGUAGGUG